GCCCAUCAUGAGCCACUCUAUCCAUUCCUGCGUCGGUUCUGCAACGCUCUCCUCUCAGGCGGACGGUUCACCUUCUUCUAUGUCUGUCCGAGAAAAUGAUGAACCAUCUUCAUCUUCUCUUCAUAUUUUUCCUCAGCAAUCCACCCAACGUGGGGCUUCACCUGUCCCUUUCCAAGCUUCUGAUGACGCCAUAGCUCUGCCUAACAUCCCCAAGAGUCGGGAACGGUCUCCCAACGGUUCCACGAAGAGCACCCCGACUGAAUGUAACGAGAAUUCCACAUACGAGCAGAAGUUUUGUGAUUGCGAGGACGUGGAAGCGCACUACAUACAUUAUGCUGAGGAAAUACAGUCGUAUGUGCUAGGCCCAAUGCCCUGCGACGAAUUCCUCAAAAACGUAUGCCACGGCUACCGCAAGAUGUCGUUUGAUGGAAUGCCUUCAUCUGUCGAUGCCUUCAAGGACGUUCCCCAGCAGGCCGAGAAAGAAUUGCAGAUAUGCGACCCAUUCAUCUCUGCGUUGAAUGGCGUGAACAACCAGUCCAGAUGCCCAGGAAUGAAGAUUAUAGACACCUCAUCCCGAGCAGAAGAACAGGGUGCGGGAUGGCUCAAGCCAGACGUCAUGGGCUUUUUGGACAACGCGAACAUCCCCAACAAGAGAGCGACAUCGGCGGAGUACAUGGGCUAUGCAGAGAUCUUCAUCGAAGUGAAGCGCUCGCCAGAUAACGACUUCCUUAUGGAUCCCCCGGAGAACACGAAGCACGACGAACAUGUUUUCAUUCUCAAUCCUUCGUCACUAUCAAGCAAAGAAAACCUCCAGAUUGCGACGAAAGCUCUCGGCCAGAAUGUUGCAUAUGCGGCCGAGAUUCUCGCCCGCCAACAUCGUCGCUUCCUCAUCUCUAUGUCGAUGUCAGGCUCCCAUAUGCGGUUCUUUUUCUGGGAUCGAAGUGGCGUGCUCGUAACAGAAUCGUUUGACUUGCACGAGCGUCCGGAAAUCCUCUGUAAGUUCUUGUGGUGGUUCUCUCACACCAGCUAUCAUGCACGAGGGUAUGACUUGACGCUGAGGAUGAGUGUGAAUGAGAAGGAGGAAAAGAUGUUCAAGGAUGCGAUGACCAAACACGUGAAGGAUCAGCUGUUGCUAUGCACCUCGAAGGAAGACGCCAUGCGAUUGGGGAGAAACGAGAUGCAAGUAGCGCAAUACAUGGCGCGAAUAGAAGAUGACACGAAACGCAUGAUAGAAGCCCUGCGUGAUCACUAUCAGCCGGGGAGCGUCGUAGCGGCCGACGUGUUUCAUGAGGCGCAAGACGACGAAGGGAGAUUAGAGACUCAGGUCGAGCGCGUUCUGAUUUCGUGCCCUGUCACAUCUCCUAAGUCGGUUGCAAGCCGAGGCACGCGCGGAUAUUGGACGAUGUUCGCGGAUGGCUCUGUCGGUUUUCUAAAGGACACUUGGCGCCAUGGGGGUGAAGGGUUUGAGCAAGAGGGCAAAACGAUACGGUAUCUGAAUGAGCACGAUGUACAGAAUGUGCCCAAAGCUUUGUAUCAUGGUGAUGUAAAGCGGCGCCGCAAAGAUGAUAAGGAAUUCCAGACGACGGUCGUGCACAGGUACAACAAUGCAGAUUGGGUGUGCCGCGGGACUGCGCAUAGGCAUGAUGAAGAUGAGAUCGUGAAUAACAAUGCCUGGCGUCGAAAAAUCAAAGUGAUACGUCGCAUUCACUACAGACUUGUCUUGGAUAUUGCCGGGUACAAGCUGAAGUACUUUGCAGACUCACAUGAGCUUCUUCAAAGCACACGCGAUGUGCUGACCGCGAUGACUGAUGCAUAUAGUGCUGAUAAAAUACAUGGAGGUCAAAGCACGACCAACAUCAUCCUCUACAGGCGUCCUGGUGAGGAGAGAAGGACCGGGUACUUGAUAGACUGGAAGUUUGGCUGUGAUGUUAGUCGUCCGCCGGAAGAUCGCCUGUGGCGCAUUACCGGCACCUGGCAGUUCAUGUCAAUGAACGUGCUGACCAGAGAUGAAAGCUACCGUCACGUUGUCGAGGACGAUAUGGAGUCGUUGCUCUACAUAGUGCUUGAUUGUGCUGCACGGUGGUCGGAACACAACGAAGGCGUCAACUGGCUAGAGACAUCGUCCUGGUUUCUGGAUAAAAAUGUAACGAUGGACGGAAUCUGCUUCGGCGGUUCAGCGAAGCUGGUGAACAAGGCCAAUCGGAUGUGCACCAAAUCUCUCAAGUUCACAUGCGAGCCCCUGCAGGACUGGUUGACCGCCGCUUUGGACCUCAAUAAUCCGGUAGGAUCAGUGAACUUCGGCACGUACCUUCCGCAAUGGACCCUAGAAAGAUUCGCGAAGUUGUGGGACGAUGCGUUAGCGAAGCCCUUCGACAAUAUGCCAGACAGGGUAGAGUGUGAGGUUCCCGGUGUCGAGGCGCAGACACAGUACAGGGUCUCCAACGUGUCUGUCGGCUCAUGUGAUCCCAAAGACCAGGAGGAUUCCAGGAGUCGAGAGCAGGGCGUGGCGAAGUCUGUCAUCAACGGAGGCAAAGAGCAUAAAGGCGAGCCUGAUUCUGGAAGAGGGGAGGGACGCAAUCGCCAAGUAAGCACCUCGAUGGACCAGCCCGAGACUAGCGGAAGUGCCGCACAAGACGCCAUUGACCUCGAUGGCGAGAAGGACACUACGAAGGCUGUGCGUGAGAAGGGCCAGCUGAGGAAACGUCGCGCAUCUUCUUUGGUCGACAAUAAGCGGGCGAAGACGAGGAAGAUAAGCUCCAGAGUCAAGGCCAGCACAGGCGAGAAACUCUCGCGUACGCAUCAGCAGUCUUCUUCCGAAGCUGGUUUCAGUGGUCAAAUGCUACCUUCUGAGCCACAGGCAUCUGGUUCGGGGACGCAGAUUGGCCUGACGGACGAUGUGCCACUGCGUCGAUCAACUCGCUCACGUCGUCCGCCUCAGUCGACAACUGUUAACGUGCCAGCACUGACCACGCGUCGGUCCACUCGCAAGCCUUCCGGCAGUCGUGGGUAGCUGGAUUGGGCUUCGUGAGGUGUAACCUGUUGUCCUUGCAAGAAUCCACGGAGAGAUCGGAGUGAAUCGCGAUGUCCUCUUCAUGGUUUAAGUCGUUCAGUGUACUUUGAUUCUAGGUAUCAAGGAUUUUCGUUUCGUAUCUGUCAAAGCUCUAGAUGGAUAGAUCUUAUGUGAACGCAAGAAAUGACCUCGCAUUUCAGUGGGAUCACAGUCAUAUAUGUAAUAGAUCAUGG